AUGCAACUCACCUUGACCACUCUUCUCGCCACGGCCCUUCUCUCACUAUCCGGCCUGGCCACAGCCUCGCCGCUUCUCCAGACGCGGCAGACCACCGAGCCUCCCGCCCGCUACUAUCUCAAGACCAAAGUAGACAACGGCAAGCACGUUGACACGGGCACCAACAAGACCGAUCUCUGGGUCUUUUCCUAUCACACCGGGGCCGGUCUGGGAGCUGCAGGUCUCUCGCCUAACAAGACCGAUGCUUGGGAAGGCUAUCUCAACGGCACCCAGCAACUCUUCACGUAUCCCGAAAACGAAAUCGGCCCCUGGCCUCUGUCGUUUAGUUCCCUCAACCUUUACGAACGCUGGCUAGAGGCAGACAUUAGCAUCGCCUCAAUAAACGAGGCCCAGGGUUUCUUCUUCAACUCUUCCGGCCUGCAGUACAACCAGUCGUCUGGUGGAUGGCUUGCUUGCGAUUGGUCACUGCAGUCACCUCAGUUGUACAACGUCGUCUACGGCGGUGGACCGUACCCGAGUUCGUGCUCAAAGGUGCACUUGCUCCCGGUAGCCGUGUAA